CUCGGAGGAGAGCGCGCUCUAGGGCGCGGGUCGGGUCGUGCUCGGGGUUCGCAGCCGGGCUCUUCCUGUUCCUGCCGCACCCUCUUCCCCGGCUGCUGGGGGCGGGGACCGCGGGCUGGCUUAGGGCUGGCUUAGGGCGGGCGGCGGAGGGCAGAGAUGGAGGAGCCUGACGCGGCGCGGCUGCCCUCUCGCCUGGCCAGACUGCUGUCGGCGCUCUUCUACGGGACGUGCUCCUUCCUCAUCGUGCUGGUCAACAAGGCGCUGCUGACCACCUACGGUUUCCCCUCACCAAUUGUUCUUGGAAUUGGACAGAUGGCCACCACCAUAAUGAUACUGUAUGUGUCCAAGCUAAAUAAAGUAAUCCACUUCCCUGAUUUUGACAAGGAAAUUCCUGGAAAGCUGUUUCCUCUGCCUCUCCUCUACGUUGGAAACCAUAUAAGUGGCUUAACGAGCACAAGUAAAUUAAGCUUGCCAAUGUUCACUGUGCUCAGGAAAUUUACAAUUCCACUCACUUUGCUCCUGGAAGCCAUCAUACUUGGGAAACAAUAUUCACUGAACAUUGUCCUGAGCGUCUUGGCCAUCGUUCUUGGGGCUUUCAUAGCAGCUGGCUCUGACCUCGCAUUCAACUUAGAAGGCUACGUUUUUGUGUUCUUGAAUGAUAUCUUCACAGCAGCAAAUGGAGUUUAUACCAAACAGAAAAUGGACCCAAAGGAGCUGGGGAAAUAUGGAGUGCUUUUCUAUAAUGCCUGCUUCAUGAUCAUCCCAACUGUCAUCAUUAGUGUAUCUACUGGAGACUUUCAGCACGCCACUGAAUUCAGCCACUGGAAGAAUGUCUUCUUCAUCAUACAGUUUCUUCUUUCCUGUGUUUUGGGACAUGUCAACAGUUUUUCUUCUCUUCAAGUACCUUGCCCUCAAUUAUUAAGUUUUAACUCCAAAACUGUGAGAAGAAAGCUCCAGCCAUGGUGUAAUGGGCUUCGCGGAGUUCUGCUUCCCUAGGAUUGCUAGUGAAAAGACGUCACAGCCUUCAGGACUGCUGGCCGCCAGCUUGUGCUGUCCACAGUGGAGGCAUCUCAGGGAUGGUGUCAGGUGUGUCCCAAGGGCAGGACCCAGGGAGCCAGCCGAAGCCUCCUAGUGACUGUUACCACUUUCAAGUUUGUAUCUCAAACUCCAUUUUCUCAACCGACAGACCUUUACUGAAUUUAUUGGAAUUAUAAUUUUAAGAUAGUACAUUUGAAAUUUUUCUUUACAGUUUAACAUUUAUUUGUUCAGUGUGUGUGAGUAUGUGUGUGUGUAUUGCCUUAGUGUGCAUGAGGGCUUGGUUCUUUUCUACCAUAUCAGUCCUAGGGCUUGAGCAUGGGUUGUCAGGCUGGAGGCAAGGGCAUUUAACUGCUGCGCUGUCUCACUGUUCUUCACUGUACUUUUAAUAAGCUUAUUAUAACACCAAUAGGAUGUUAAAAGGGCAGGCGUUUAAUUUCCCUGUGAGUUAUGGUGAGGUCAGACUAACCUUCUGGAAACCUGAAUGUCUGAUUAGGGAUUUGCAAACAGGCUGCAGGGGCUGAGAGAUUCAGGAAGGCGAGGUGGACCACUAGAGCUCAAAUAAUCAGUGCAUGCAGGUAAACUGUAGCCUGAGCUGCAGGCUGAAAAGGCUGCUAUGCUAAGAGAUUAUGGAUUCCAGUUCAUCCCUUUAGUGCAUGAUGGCACCGGCUUCCUGUUGUCCAAGCAGAUUAUCCUAAUGUAUUUCUAACCAGCCAAGGACCUUUGAUCUCCCUGAGGAAGCAAUAGUCUCCUUAAUAGAAACACAAAGGUGUCAGAUGAAGGUGUCAGACUUCCCUACCUAGAGUGCUCAGAGGUGUGUGUGUGUGUGUGUGUGUGUGUGUGUGUGUGUGUGUGUGUAGCUUAAUUCUUUAAAGUCAGCCACCUUGUUUUUAUGCACAGGCAGCUCCUCUCUGGAAGUUGCCAACUAAGCUGUCUCCUGGUACUGGGAUUAUAAAUACACUACCAUGCCCCCGCCAUGAGUUGUAGAGACUGAACUCAAAUCCUUGUGUACUGUACCAAUUCUAUCUCCACGACUUCCAGAGCACUGUCCGGUUCUUGUGAUUCUGUCCUCCGGUUCCAGCCGUUUGCUAGAGCACCCUGCAAAACUUGCAGAGAAACUCCAGAUACCCUGAGGCGUGUUGUAAAUGAUAGUUCAAAGGAUACAGAUGAUCAGCCAGAGGAAAAAAUGCAGAGAGACUUAUGGGGGGU